CCCUCUCUUUAUAAAGACCUCACUCGCCACUACAAUUAAACCCACAAAUUAAGAACCUGAGCCACAGAGAGGGAGAGAGAGUAGAAUGGAGAGGAAAACUCAUAUUCUAGUAAUUCCCUACCCAAUACCAGGACACAUAAACCCAAUGCUCCAAUUCUCCAAGCGCCUGGCCUCAAAGGGUGCAAGAGUCACACUAGUCACAACCACCUCCUUGAGCAAGUCCAUGGAAUCCCUGCAAGAGGGCUCUGUGUACUUUGAGACCAUCUCCGACGGGUAUGAAGAAGGGGGAAACCUGAAAAUCGUGGACGCACGCCUCGAGCAUUUCAGCUUAGUAGUUGCACAAAGCUUAGCAGAGCUGAUUGAGAGACAAAAUAGCUCCCAACACCCUCCAAAAUUUCUCGUCUAUGACUCGGUCAUGCCAUGGGCUCUAAACGUAGCCAGGCAACUUGGCGUAGAUGGAGCUCCUUUUUUCACCCAGUCUUGUGCGGUUAAUGCAAUCUAUCAUCACGCGCAUCAAGGAAGUAUAGAAAUGCCCUUAAAAACGCCAUCAGUGUCCUUACCCUCCAUGCCAUCACUAGGGAUUAAUGAUGUGCCUUCGUUUUUCAAUGAUACGGCCUCCUAUCCUGCUCUGCUAAAAGUUGUAAUCAAUCAAUUCUCAAAUUUCCAGGAAGCGAAUUGGAUCUUCUGCAACACUUACGACAAGUUGGAACAUGAGGUAGUGAAUUGGAUGGCAAGCCGAUGGCCAGUUAAAACAGUUGGACCGACUAUUCCAUCAAUGUUCUUAGACAAGCGGUUGGAGGAUGACAAAGAGUAUGAUCUCAACCUCUUCAAGCCUAAUGCGGACGCUUGCAUGAACUGGCUAGACACGAAGGAAAUAGGGUCAGUCGUUUAUGCAUCAUUUGGAAGCUUGGCAGCCCUGGGAGAAGAGCAGAUGGCGGAGGUAGCAUGGGGCCUCAAGAAUAGCAAUUGCUACUUCCUGUGGGUUGUUAGGGCAUCUGAAGAGAAGAAGCUUCCCAUUAAUUUUCUACAGGAAACAACAGAGAAGGGGCUGGUUGUAACUUGGUGCCCUCAACUAGAUGUGUUGGCACACAAGGCAAUUGGGUGCUUCAUGACUCACUGCGGGUGGAACUCAACGCUUGAGGCAUUGAGCUUGGGAGUGCCAAUGGUUGCGAUGCCACAAUGGACGGAUCAACCAACUAAUGCCAAGUUCAUUGUGGAUGUUUGGAAGGUAGGGGUCAGGAUUAAAGUGGAUGAAAAAGGCAUUGUGACCAGAGAAGAAAUAGAGAUGUGUGUAAGGGAAGUAAUGGAGGGAGAGAGAGGAAAAGAGAUGAAAAAGAAUUCAAUGAGAUGGAAGGAAUUGGCUAUAGAAGCUGUCGACGCAGGUGGAAGUUCAGAUAAAAACAUAGAGGAGUUUUUAGCAAAACUUGCGCACUCCUAAUGUUAAUGUAAGCAGUAGAUCUACAUUCAAAUAAUGAUCUGGAAAAAUGUAUGAUUUUACUAUUAAUAUUUUAUUUUAUGCACCCUCCUGAUGUCAAUGUAAGCAGAAGCUCUAUAUUUGAAUAAUGAUAAAGAAAAUGUAUGAUUUUCUUAUUAA